UUGCCGCCGGCGGGGGCGGGGCCCGCGCAGGGACUUCCCCUGGGUAGAGCGGAGCAGCCGGGUUCUGACCAAAUUGGGCGAGGGCACAAAAUAACCACUUACCCCUUCUCACCGAGGAAGAGCGGGAGAAAGGGUAUGGCACAGUCACAGGGCUGGGUGAAAAGAUACUUGAAGGCCUUUUGUAAAGGCUUCUUUGUGGCAGUGCCCGUGGCAGUGACUUUCUUGGAUCGGGUUGCCUGUGUCGCAAGAGUGGAAGGAGCAUCAAUGCAGCCUUCUUUGAAUCCUGGGGGAAGCCAGUCAUCAGAUGUGGUACUUUUGAACCACUGGAAAGUAAGGAAUUUUGAAGUACAACGUGGUGACAUUGUAUCAUUGGUGUCUCCUAAAAAUCCAGAGCAAAAAAUCAUCAARAGAGUAAUUGCUCUUGAAGGAGAUAUUAUAAGAACCAUGGGACACAAAAACCGGUAUGUCAAAGUCCCCCGUGGUCAUAUCUGGGUUGAAGGUGAUCAUCAUGGACACAGUUUUGACAGUAAUUCUUUUGGGCCGGUUUCCCUGGGACUUCUGCAUGCUCAUGCUACUCAUAUCCUGUGGCCUCCAGAACGCUGGCAGAAAUUGGAAUCCGUUCUUCCUCCAGAGCGCAUACUGGUUAAGAGUGAAGAGGAAUGACUGCAUGGUUCCUCCGGACUGCCCACUUUGAGAAGACAAUUAUAGUGGGAGGGGAGCACCCCAAAAGGGGAAAUCUCCCUACAAUAUGAAUAUGAAUAUAAAUAUGAAUAUGAAUACAAGAAACAAUGUCCACAUUAAGGUGAUCUGUAUUCUUAAAGUUUUAAAAUAUUAAACAGUAUUAAACAACACCAGAUUCUGUGUUAAAUUUUAGUACUAUAUUGUUUAUUUCCCCCCCCCAAAUGCAGAUCUUUUAGGAAUAUGAAAAUAUUGCAUCUAUGUCUUAAAGGAGGUAACCUUGAUUUCUUGUUGUACAUACUUAUUCUGUUGAUUGGGUUUUGAUUUUGUCCCUGCCGCUGAAAGAUUUUGAAAAUUAAUAUUCAAUGACAAUAAUUUAUCAUUUACUGUUAAGAAAGAACAUGAAAAGACAUACAUAUAAUAAUAGGAAUUACAUUGUAAUUGUUAGUGUCUACAGUGCAGUGAUUGCCAGAUAAACUGGCAGUGAACAGUGAUGUUAAAAUAAAACAAUGAAUUGUUCAGAUCUUGUUUUGGUAUUUAAUUAUCACUUAACCAGACAUCCAUUAAUGAGGAACAUAUUGUCUUUUAUGCAAGUAAGGAAUUAAAUAAUGGAAAACCAAUUCUAUCAAUACUUUAAAACAAUCAAGCCUUUUCCAUUGUCCCUUUUAAAUUCAAAACUUCUGCAUGAUCUCAUGCCUGAUCAAAAUGAUGAAGAAACUCAUUUAUCAGCAUUCAGUCACUUUUUAAUGAAAUGUUCUCAGUGAAAUAAGAAAAUCACUCUAGAUCAGCUGAGUUUGAUUUUUCCCCAAAUGAUUUCUCAGUGUCCUAUCUAUAAUACUGAAAUCACCACUUGCAAAAGGGAGUAGUAGUAGAAUAACAGAUUCUGUAAUUUGUACAAAUAAGGAGACAAAUUCCCCACAAAGUCUGUAGGAUUUAUAAAGCCUUUUUUCCCUUUUCCUUCUUGUUGGCUGGAGGUUUGUGCUGAUUAAAACAGAGUCUCUGGAUCAAUUCCCUCUGUUCAUCUGGACUCAUUUUCUUCAGUGUUAUCAGCAGACAAGAUCCCAAAUAAUGACUAGCCAUCUUGCAAAUGUGGAUACUAAUGUCUCAUUAGCAGGCAGAAAAGAAAGAGCAAUAGAAAUACAUGUGUUCACACACACACACACACACACACACACACACACACACACAGAAACAUAGUAAGAACAUAUGUUUCUACUAAUAAUUUAUUAGCAUCAGGAUAGCUCAAUCCAAUAAAGAUCUUCUGGCCCUUAUAUACUAAAGUGGUCAAAAUUGGUUUUAUUGUUUUGUUUUUUGGUUUCUUUGUAGGAGGAAUUGAA